AUGACCCACGGCGCUGAUAGAAGUGUUGUAGCGAGUAGAGCAGAUAAAACGAGUCUCGUUCAUCUCGCUGGUGAUGAUCCACCUGCUUCCGGACAAGAAGUUGCAGAAGAAGUAGAUGGACACCAAAAGAGCAAUCAAGACGCGACUACAAUAGUGCAGGGUGAUGCAACCAGUGCAGUGAAGAAAGAACACACGUCUGGCAACAAGUGUAACAAGACUAGUAAGGCUACCAAGCACAAAAAGCAGGACAACUCUGGGGCGUCUGGUAGUACUAAUGUGGAGGAGAUUAAAGUCAAGGACUGCACCAAGGAUGUUGUGGAUGUCUCUGUUACGAUAGAGAUUGGAAAACGAAAACUUCGACAUUAAAUUUAAAUUUUCUCAAGUUCUCGUCUAAGGUCUGACAAUAUGUUAUUAGAUAAAUACCCCACCAGUUCCGCUUCUGUCAGACUAACACUAGCUCCCCCGCUGACGGGAUAGCACUUGCCGGCGACAUCGAUCCGGUGAAAAAAAGUAGAUUGUUUUGCAUGAUCAGCCAGGACGUACCUGGCAUCACUCACCCGUUGAAACGGCCUUCACCUCACUGACGACGCCGCUAUCUAACCUAUCUUUUGUUUCGUUUAAGGUCCUCUGAUAAUGUGUUAGGUAAAUUAAUACUUAAAUUUCUCGUGUAAUAUGGAUGCCAGUGUCCACCGUAUGAACCAUGCAUAUACUUCCCUCUAAAGCCGACGUGUCCAAGGAAGAAGGACCAAUGUAUUGUCAGUACAUGGAGACCUUGGACCUGUCAAAGAAGAGCGUUGAUGCAGAAGGCAUGAAAGCCUUAUGCUCCUUUCUGGUGGACAACGGAAUCUCUAUCGGCGUGCUGAAUCUUCA